GCCAGAUCAGACUUCCAAAUUCCCUCUGCACGAGGCCGCUCGAGAGGGCAAGAUGGUCGAAUCUCUCUUAAACGCAAACCCGAAACUCGCAACCCUGAAAGACGAUGACGAGCGGCUUCCCAUCCACUGGGCCGUCGCAUACAACCACCGGGACAUCGUGGAGCAACUAGUCGCAACCAAGAACUUCGAUCCAGACGUGGAGGAUGGAUCCGGCUGGACACCACUCAUGAUCGCCACGAGUCUCAAAAACGCCGAAGGCGACCCCAUGCUCGAUCUGCUUCUCCGCAAAGGCGCAGACGCCACUGUCACCAGUAACUCAGGCCAGGUAAUUCCCUCCCACCUUGAAAAACCGUCCUUUUGUCUAUUUCAAUCUCUAUACAAAUCAAAGAGAUUACCCACGGCAGCUCCGAUCUAAUGAAACCCCCCAGAACUCCCUCCACUUCGCCGCCUCCAAAGGCAACCUCUCCACCAUCCGCACCCUCCUCUCCCACAAAUGCAGCGCCCGCGUCAAAGACA